AUGGUGAAGAAGGUCGUCGCCUCUCAGCAGGUUGCUGACAACGUUGAGAUCGCGCGAGCUGAGGCUCCGCGAUUCGAAAAGGUCUACUGGCUGAAGGAGCCUCACCUUCGCAAGCUCUACUUCUCGACAAUCUUCCUCAUGGUCGCCUCGGCCACCACCGGUUACGAUGGUAUGCUCGUCAACACAUCCCAGCAGAUGCAGCGGUGGAAGGACUACUUCGGCGAUGGCGUCUCCGACAACAACAAGCUCGGAAUCCUUAUCAACAUGUUCAACAUCGGUUCCAUCAUCUCCUUCUUCAUCACUCCCUAUGUAGCCGACGGUUUUGGACGUAAGGUAGCCAUCAUCAGCGGCUGUAUCUUUAUGAUUGUCGGUGGUUGCAUCACUGCUUUCUGCAACGGCUGGGGAAUGUACAUUGGCGGUCGAUUUAUCCUCGGUUUCGGCAACUCACUGGCUCAGAUGUCAUCUCCCCUCCUGCUUACAGAGAUCUGCCACCCUCAACACCGUGGUCCAGUCACUGCCAUUUACAACUGCUUGUGGAACUUGGGUGCCCUGAUCGUCGCGAGUAUCGGCUGGGGAACUUCAUACGUCAACAAUGACUGGUGCUGGAGAUCGAUUACUUUCAUCCAAAUCGUUCCAUCAGUUAUCCAACUCAUCGGCAUCUGGUUCGUUCCAGAGUCGCCUCGUUACCUCAUCAACAAGGACCGCUCCGAGGAAGCCCUGGCCGUCUUGGCGAAGCACCACGCAGGUGGUGACUACAACAACGCGACUGUUCAGUUUGAAUUCCGCGAGAUGAAGGAGACCAUUUUGAUGGAGAGGAACGCCGACCGUACGACUAGCUACGUCGACUUUCUCAAGACCAAGGGCAACCGAUGGAGAUUGGCCAUCAUUAUCUCUCUGGGUAUCAUCUCACAGUACUCUGGCAACGCUCUCUUCUCCAACUACAUGGACGCCAUCUACGAAGGUGCCGGCAUCACAGAACAGAACCAGAAGCUCGCCAUCUCCACCGGCAAGUCGAUUCUUGAUCUCUCCUGCUCCAUCGGCGCCGCCUUGACUGUCGACUACUUUGGCCGCCGUCCUCUAUUCCUGGUCGCCAUCAGCGGUAUGGUCGGCUCCUUCGUCUGCUGGACCAUCACCGGUGCCGUCUACGAGAACUCUGGCGGCACCAACCAGGGUUCCGGAUAUGCUCAGCUGGUCUUCAUCUGGGUCUUUGGCAUCUUCUACGACAUUGGCUUCUCCGGUCUACUGAUCGCCUACGCCCUCGAGGUUCUGCCUUUCCAUCUUCGCGCCAAGGGUAUGAUGAUCAUGAAUAUUACCGUCCAGGCCAUUUUGGCCAUUGGCAACCAAACCAACAAGAUCGCGUGGGACGACCUUCCCAACCACUGGAACUUCAUGUUGUUCUACACCCUCUGGGACUUCUGCGAGCUCGUCUUUGUCUACUUCUUCUACGUCGAGACCAAGGGCCCAACUCUCGAGGAGAUCUCCAAGAUCUUCGACGGCGACGCGGCUGUUGCGCAUGUCGACCUGCACCAGGUCGAGAAGGAGAUCCAUGCCAACGACCACGAGGAGGACAUCAACCUUCGCGCUGCGCACAGCGAGAAGACUGCUGCCUGA